AUGAACGGUGGAAACAGUGGUCGUAUUUCAAAUUUUCGUACAAAUUUUGUUGGUCGUGUUGUUAAUGAUUUAGCUGAAUCGAAUCGUUUCCAACUUGAAGAGCAAAUUUUAUCAGACGACGCCGAUGUUGAUUUAACAAAACUUGCUCAAUAUGUAUUAAAAUAUCAUUUGCCAAGUGCUCAUCGUGUUGCAGUUUGGAAACUUCUUCUUGAAGUCUCGUCAAGUUCACAUGAAGGCCGGAAAAAGAUUGCUGAACAUAGAAGGGAAGAGGCUGAAUUAUUGUUACAAUCACUUAAUAUUAUGCGAAUGACAUCUUUUAAAUUUUAUAUUACUCAGUCAAAUAUCAGAAAUGUUUCGCUUAAUGAGUUGGAUAUUGUCCGGAUGAUUUUAUUAAGUAAAGGUUGUUUGCCUUCGUUUACUGAAAUGAACUGCUGGAAUUUCGAUUCCCGCGUCCAAUUAUUUAUUGCAAAAUUUAUGUUAAAAUUAUGUGAUAAUAGUUGGUUGGAUGCGUUUUGGUUAACAAAGUUUUUCGAUGAAAUGCUUGUUCAAAUCUUCGAAAGUGUCGAUAUUUCAACGGUGAUUUGCUAUAUCAAGGAAUUUAUUAGCAAUUACGAUAGUAAACUUGCUACUGAAUUGCAAGAAUUGCAUUUAUGGAAUCGAUUACCGAUUAAUUUCUAUGUUAGAACUGCGUUAGCUCCACUAUUUUCAUAUGAAGCGAUUUUGAGAUUGUGGGAUAAAUUAUGUUGUUGUACUAAAGAUGGUAUUACUGCUAUGAUUUCCACAACUCUUCUAAAUUAUUUAUUAGAAAUUAAUCAAAUCAACGAUAUUCGACUGUUAUUGGAAGAACGUGAUGGAACUUUUACAAUAAAUACGCAAUUAAAAGUUGAAACUGAAAAUCAGAUUAUUACAAAAUCAAUUGAAAACGUUAAUGGUCUUGGACGACUUAUCGCACGAAAAUUUGAUUAA